GUCAGUGCGGAAGUAGAGGUUUUUACGCUUUCUCCUGCUGCUGGUUUUUCGUGUAUUUACGUUGGAGAUAAAGUGGAAAGUAAAGAUGUGUAACGGCUGCGUGCACAAAGAGUACCCGGACAGGGGGAACACCUGUCUGGAGAAUGGCUCCUACCUGAUGAACUACCUGUGCUGUGCCAGCUGCCACCAGAGGGACUUCGUGCUGAUCAGUAACAAAACCACAGAGGAUGAGGAUGGAGAGGAGAUCGUCACAUAUGACCAUGUUUGUAAAAACUGCGACCACGUCAUCGCCCGACACGAAUACACUUUCUCUGUUGUUGAUGAAUAUCAGGAGUACACAAUGCUGUGCAUGCUGUGUGGAAAGGCAGAGGACUCCAUCAGUGUGUUGCCAGAUGACCCCCGACAGUCUGCUCCGCUCUUCUAGAACCAAACCUGCAACUUUAGGGUUCCAAGUAUUUUAUCAUGCCAUUUCAAAAUUCAAUGCAUGUUCGUUACAUUAUGUUUAGAAACUGCUGUAUUCUUAUAAUGUUAGAUCAGGAAAUACAGCUUUUUAUGACAAACAAAUAAUCUGUAAGUCAACUGAUUAUAAAUUGUAAAUAAACUUUUUAU